AUGUUCCCCUCCUCCCCCUCCUUGGCGAUCUGGAUUCUAGCCCUGUUCACAGCUUCCGCAGUGAACGCGCGACCUGAGAACUGGGGUAAAACCAAGACAGAGCCAGCGUGGACGCGACCACAUGAAGUUUCAUCGUCGUUGGCCCCCGCGGACCCUUCAGUGCAGCCACCCGUAGAAACUCCCGUGUUGCCACCUAGUGGCUCUUCACCGCUGCCUCCUGCUGAGUCUCCAGUUCAGCCCCCAGCUUCGCCAUCUAUCCCCGUCUCUGCUGGUUCCUCUUCAAGCUUCGCGCCUCCCCGCCCCACCAACCUCACUCCCGGAGUAAAGAAUCCCAAACGAGGUCUGGCGUUCGCUGCUAGCAAGUCCCCUAUGGAUAUCCACAACGCGAACCAAACCGCGUCUCUCAUCUCAUGGCAGUACAACUGGGCCAACAUCCCUCCUGCCUACCUCGCGACUUCCAACAUCCCGUUCGUCCCAAUGCAAUGGGGCAGCGGGGCGAUCGAUAACUUUGUCGAUGCUGUUAGAGCUCAAGGUGCAGAGGUGGUGCUAGGCUUUAACGAACCUGACUACGACCGUGAGGCAAAUAUGGAUCCCGAACAGGCCGCUAGUCUCUGGAUGUCCUACAUCGAACCCCUCAAGCAGCAUGGUGUGCGACUUGGUGGGCCAGCCGUUACAUCUGCAGGAACAGGUCGCCCCUGGUUGAGGCGGUUCUUCCGAGAGUGCUCCAGACUCCAGUGCACGAUCGACUUCCUCCCUGUUCAUUGGUAUGGCUUCGGGAUCACGGGUUUCUAUGAUUAUCUGUGGUCGAUCCAUAACGAAUUCCCAGAGUACCCCAUCUGGGUCACCGAGUACGCAGAUAUCUCCAGCAACGACGCAGAGGUUUACAAUUUCAUGAAUGCGUCUAUACACUACCUCGAUGAGUUGGAAUGGGUCGAAAGAUAUGCUUGGUUUGGCUUCUUCCGUCCUGAGCCUGAUGUACACUAUAACAUGCUUCGCGCGGACGGCGGACUCAACGCGUUGGGAGAGUUAUACAUCGGCGCUGAGACAGUGCACACCCAUGUUAUCGAUCCAUUCGCGGGUUACAAAACCUUUGACGGCGCCGACUACGCAGGGCAACCUAUCAUCACGACUUUCCCUGCACUUUACGGCGCCGCACAUUGCAGGCGGGCAGUUUUUGGACAAGGCGGUCUCACCUUACUCGCCGUUCUCGUCACCAUCCUGUCUGGGAGCUUAGCAGGCGUCUUUGGGAUGCUUUGGUAAAGGACACGUCAAAUCGAGGACGGACUCUAACAGGAAGCGGAAUUCGGGCUUUUCUAUUAUUUCUACAGUCAUUCUUUCAUUAGAACUUCUCUUGCUUAGGGCUAUUGGUUGCAUCUUGCUAUUGGCUU